AUGGCAGCUAUUCAAGCAAGAUGGACCAAAGUCGUCGAGGCAGAGAUCUUACAGCGAUCUUCCCAAAUCGUCUCCGUCAUUGACAGACAGGUCUACAUCUUUGGCGGAGAGUUGCGGCCACGGGAACCUAGAGACAAUGACGUUCACACUGUUUCACUCAAAGAGCCCGCAACCCUAUCCACCAAACCAGCCCCGGCCCAAUCCCCCACACCACGGGUAGGAACCGCAUCAACAAUCCUCAAUGGCAAAAUCUACCUAUUCUCCGGAAGAGGAGGCACAGCAAUGGCACCGAUAGAAGAAAGCGGCGGAAUCUGGGAAUUCGACCCCAGCACAAACGAAUGGUCCUUCCUAGCACCAUCGAAUCCAAACCCAGCCAUCCCAGCAGCGCGCAGCUACCACUGCACAUCCAACGACGGAAAAGACACCGUCUUCGUCCACGCAGGCUGUCCCGAGAAGGGCCGACUAUCGGAUCUGUGGGCGUUCAGUGUAUCCCAGAAGCAAUGGACGGAACUUGCUCCGGCGCCGGAUCCACCACGCGGUGGGACUUCUAUUGCGUUUGCCGGGGGCAGACUGUAUCGGAUGAAUGGGUUUGAUGGCGAGCGGGAACAGGGCGGUAGAGUAGAUGUCUAUGAGCCUGAAGCCAAUGUGUGGAGCUCGCAUUCGUUUGUUCCGGAUGGUGUGAGUGGGCCAUCGCCGCGGAGUGUGGCGGCCUUGCUUCCUGUUGCUGUUUCUGGUCGUGGGUACUUGGUUACCCUGUUCGGUGAGCGGGAUCCUAGUUCAUUGGGACAUCAGGGUGCGGGAAAGAUGUUGGGGGAUGUGUGGGUGUUUGAUCUUGAGACUAAGCUAUGGACGAAGAUUGAGGCUCGGGGAGAUGAGCGUCCUGAUCCACGGGGUUGGUUUGAUGGAGAUGUCCUUGAUGAUGGCAGUAUUGUAGUCCACGGUGGACUGGGAGAAUCAAACAAUCGGCUGGGUGACGUUUGGACUCUCGAGUUUUUCUAA